UACCCAAAGAACGAGCUUCUUCAGUUCGCUCUUGCCUCUCUGCGCUCCCUACUCGCUGCAAUGGCCUCUCCAUUACAGGCCGCGAUGUUGCUCGGUUCGCCUUCAUUCCCUAAUGCCAUUGCCUGGUCUGACGAGAAUUUGAUUGCCGUUGCUUCUGGUCACAUCAUCACUAUUCUGAGACCAGAGUUGCCUCAUGGACCACGUGGCGUGAUAACAGUCUCAACCAGUGAACCUCUUCCCUUUGGGGUGGUAGAAAGAAAAGACUUACUCUCUGGAUGCCUCCUGCCAACAUGUUUGGCCCGAGAUGAUAAGCCUGUUGUCCGAUCAUUAUCAUGGUCUCCGCUUGGCAUUGCUGCAAACGCAGGGUGCUUGAUAGCUGUUUGUACUACAGAAGGAAAUGUGAAGGUUUAUCGUCCGCCUUUUUGUGAUUUCUGUGCUGAAUGGGUUGAGGUACAUGCGGCAGUAAUGGUUUUGGACUUGACAGAAAGGCUGUUUGAGUAUCUCCAAUGUACUGGUUUUGGAGAUUUAAGUAUAGUCGCAAAGCAAAAAUCAGCUGGUGACAUGCUAGAUGUUUCAAGGAAGGGACGUAAGAAAAGAAAAGCCAAUUAUGUCUCCAGUGAUUCUGGGAAUCAAUUGUUACUGCCAACAAUUUGUAGGGAUGGAAACUCUUGUUCUAGCCCCUAUAAUGAUACGGAAGGAUGGAGAUUGAAUGCUUUGUCUGAGAUUAUUGGGUCAGACCUCCAGAUAACUGCAUCAGCUCAGAUGGAAUCUAUGUCUGAAUCUAAUGAUAAAUCCUCGGAAACAAUAUCUGAGAACCACAUGUUGUUGCCACUGAUUGCUGCUGAUCAAUAUGCUUAUCGUAGCGCAAUGCUGUCUGCACUAGUUGUUUCUUGGUCUCCAUUGCUGCAUGAAACAUCUGAAUUUCAUCCAGUUCCUAAUGCUAAUGCAUCUGUUAGUCUCCUUGCUGUUGGAGGGAAGAGUGGUAAAAUUUCUUUCUGGAGAUUUUGUGCACCGGAUUGCUAUACUAUUCAGGACAGCAACAUUCAGAAUGCUGUGAAGUUCGUUGGAUUUUUGCAAGCUCACAGUUCAUGGGUUACUUCAAUAAGUUGGGUGUUAUUUCCUUCUGAUUUUUCAAAUACUCAGAUUUUAUUAGCUACUGGAAGCUCUGAUGGGAGUGUGAAGGUUUGGCUGGGCGACAAUGGCAAAUUAUUGAGAUCAUCAGAAGCGAAUCAAGCUCUAUUUUCUCUAUUGAAGGAGGUCAUAACAGUCAAUAUUGCCCCAGUUUCUGUACUUUCAGCAACCAUGCCAAUCCAGUCUUCUGAGAUGCUUUUAGCCAUUGGCAAAGGUUCUGGCUCCUUUGAAAUAUGGCUGUGUGACUUAUCUUGUAAUGAAUUUCAUAAGCUUGGAUCAUAUGAUGCGCAUGAUCAUAUUGUCACCAAUUUGGUCUGGGCAUUUAAUGGAAGGUGUUUGUGCAGCUGUAGCCAGGACAAUUUAGUGCGCAGCUGGAUUCUUCAUGAGAGACAACUCAAUGAAGUUAUCAUCUGUUCUGACAUCCUCAAUAGUAGCAAUCCAACUUGUCCUUCAACAGAUGUGUAUGCUUCAUGUUUUGGUGUUGCAGUUUCUCCUGGAAAUCUUGUCAUUGCCACGGUUCGUUGCUUUGAUAUUGAGAAACUGAACCGAAUGUAUGAAGCAAGGAUUUUGAGGGCAGCUAUUGAAUACUUUUGGAUUGGUGGGCAGCAAAUGGGUGUUCCGUCAAGAUUACCCUUUUCAUAUGCGCCUGAGGAAUAUUCCAAUUUGCCAAAGAAAGAAUUAAUUAACUGGGGAUCCAACAUCAUUUGCUUCCUUGAGCAAUAUCAUUGCCUUGAUAAGCCUCUGGUUCUUUGGGAUAUAAUAGCAGCAUUAUCGGCUUUCAAGGGGAUCAAUUCAAUGUAUGUAGAACAUAUACUUAUCAAGUGGCUCUCAAUGUCCUUUCUGGGAUCCCAUAUGGACCUUCCAGCUGAAAAGGUUUUGUCAAAGGUCUCUUCAAAAUUGUCGGAUAUUCCUUCUCGCUUGCUUCACCUGCUCAACAUAGUCUGUAGACGUGUGAUGUUAGCAGAACUGGAUGCUGAUCAAAUAAAUAGAAUAGACAGCAAACUUCUAAACUCAGGAGGGUCAACUUUUUCCAAGGAAAAUCAAAUUACUAAGUGGGUAGAGAUUCUUCUGAGCAGUGAAAGGGAGCUCCGAGAAAGGUUAAUAGGUUUUAGUUUUUCUGCUUUGGUAACCAACCUGACCUAUGCAGAAGCAACUUCUUCCCAUCCUGUCCAUUGGCAUCCUUUUGGAAUAGCACAGAUGAAACAAUGGGUGGAAUUACAUCAGGAUAAUGCACGCGACCAAUUGAAAGUCCUUGCAUCAGAAGUUACAAAUGAGAAAAGGCUUGUGUCCGAUGAACUUAUAGCAGCAGAACGUUGCAGUUUUUGCUCAGCAUCUGUUCCAUUUGAAUCCCCUGAGGUUGGUUUUUGCUCAGGUGAGGAUUACAGUGGUGGCAAAGGUCAGUGUCACAGGUUAUUGAGAUGUGCCACCAGUAUGCAGGUUUGCCCCAUUACUCCACUAUGGUUCUGUACUUGUUGCCAUCGGUCAGCUUUUAGACUGGCGCCAGAUGUACUCUUUAAAAUGUCUGCUUAUCCUGUAGAGUUUAACUGUUCCGUCAACUCAUCUACCCUAGCAGUGGCCGCAAAACCCUUGUGUCCCUUUUGCGGGAUACUUUUACAGAGACAACAACCUGAGUUUCUACUUUCUCCAACUUAUGUGUAAGAAUGAUUAACAACAUUGGCUAUAUAAUUCAGGGUUAAUAUAUGAAUCUGCCUCUGAAGUUUUCAAGCAGGCAUAAUUGGUAUCCUAAUAUAUUUAAAGAUGCAAUGUUGCUCCAAUGUUUUUCAAAACACUACAAUUUUGCCCCGAGUUGAUGGUUUGACCAUGUUGAUAAUUUAUUUUGAUCUUUUAACCAGUAAAUGCCUUGAUGGCGGGCCACAUGGGACUUCUUGUCUGAAAGUGAAAUCCAUUUUUUUUAAAUCAUUGCCACGUAUUCAAUUCGUUUUAUUCUUCCUUCUUUUCGUCGUCAUCUUCCCCAACUGUUAUCAUUCUCCUACACUUGCCAACAUCCACAUGCAAACCAAGCGAACAAACGACUAAGAGAUUGAACGAAGUUGUUAAGCCAAUAACUUUAAACAAAUCUUUGGCAUUUUGAGAAGAAUUGUACUGUUUUUUAAAACAUUGAUGCAACAUUGUGCGAUUAAAUGUUUCAGGAUACUAAUUAUGCCUCACUGAAAAUUCCUGGAGCAUUUUUGUACUUUAGCCCAAUAAUUUAUGUUGUUAUAUUUA